AUGGCCACGAAAUUCACGGUGCCCAAGGGCUGGCGCCCGGGCCCCGUGGCCAAACUCCUCGGCUUCUCCGUCGACACCUACAACGCCAAGCACAAGGACCACCUGCUGAACGUCGACGAGGUCCACUUCGCCAAGAAGGACGACGACGGCAACUUCGAAGCCAUCGGCCUCGAGGACGUCGUCGAGCAGGUCCUCAAGACGAAGGACGAGGUCUUCAUCGAGGCCGAGGCGAAGCGCGUCUUCGCCAUCGGCAAGGUGCGCUGCAAGAACUUCGGGUGCAACCAGCUCUUCGACCCGGACGACAACCCGGAGGGCGGCUGCCACCACCACGUGUCGCCGCCGUUCUUCCACGACUGCAACAAGGGCUGGACCUGCUGCCCGAAGAAGUCGGCCAUGGACUGGGAGGACUUCCAGAAGCUCCCGACCUGCGCCGUCGGCCGCCACUCCGCGGAGCCGCCGAAGGCGCCGCCGAAGAAGGAGCCCGCGGACGACAAAUUCGUUGCGACGAAGUGCGCGCCCUGCGCGCCCGUCAAGUCCAUCGACGGCUACAACAAGUCCGACGAGGGCAAGUCCGCGGCCACGGGCGCCCAGUCCUUCGCCAAGUCCACGGGGACCAAGGCCAAGCCCAAGGUCGUGAAAUACGACGACGGCUCCUUCCGGUGCCAGCACAAGGGCUGCCAGGCCAAGUUCCACCCCGACGACAACGGGCCCCGCGCCUGUUCCUACCACUACGGCACGCCCGUCUUCCACGAGACCAUGAAGUGGUGGGGCUGCUGCCCGCACAAGAAGAAGAUGGACUUCGACGCGUUCAUGGCCGUCAAGGGCUGCUGCGUCGGCUACCACUGGAACGGCGAGGGCGACGACCCGGAGCCGACGGAGCGCGCGGGCGCGCCGCCGCCCAUCGCCGACGACGACGCGGAGGUCGUCGAGGCGGGCGACGAGGGCUUCGACCUCGGCUAG